GUCAACUCUCACCCCGAGAUCCAGGAACAAUACGGCGAUUCCUAUUGGUCCGCGCGUGCGCCAACUGACCAAAUGAGCGAACGCCAUUGGAGGACGAGUCCCGUCAAUCCCGGCGGGUCAACCCUCUCGUUGCUAAGGCGAAACUGGUGAUGAUGCUGCUGCUGCUGGUGAUACUGCACCCACCGUAGAGAGAGUAUGCAAACCAGCUUUGGCAAAAGAUGCCGUGAAUAUUGACAGAAAAAAUGACGGGAAAGGGGGUGAAGUUGUUCUAACUGCCUUUCGGGACGUUUGACGAGGACCUUUGGGAUAUAUUUGCUCAGAUUGGCUUAAUUACAGAGGCAAUUGUGGAGACAUGCGUUAUCGGAAAGCUGGAUGAAACUUGCAGGUGUUUUCCGACAGGCGUCGCACCGCCAGGCUGCUGUUUCAUGGGGGUAAUGCAUUCUGCCUUGUUUAGUUAAAUCUGCCUUCUGUCUCUGCCUAGAGAUCGGGAUUUCACAGCAGUUUGCCCGCGUGCUGAAGGUUUCGCUCGGUUCUCGAAGUGACGUGAAAGUGGAUCGCGCUCGUCGGGCGGCAAGAUGAUCAUCAAAGUCUCCAAUUGCAAUUUCCAGUUUCUCCCUGUUCAAGGAUCAGAAUCUAAAACAUAAAGCACGUGAACGUCAUUCCCUGUGUACAGAACAAGUUGUUCUUCAAGAAGCAAGCAUGCACCAUUCAACUUACACAGGCAUAUGACACACCGGGAUGCCAUGCUUAUUUAUCGCCCGAACUGUUGCUGGAUCUCCACAUUGGCAGUUUAAGGAUUUGAAAUAAUGCUUGAUCAGCAUAACGCUGACCGAAUCUAAUCCAAGAAAAGCCAUGUACCGGAGAGCCUUUUUAAUUUGAUGUACGUGGCCCUUUGGGGCAAAAACUAGUGGUUAGUUUUAGUUUAUUUAGUCACUGCGCCUUUAAUGUGUGUCGGGGCCGUAUGGGUUGUGUUAUGGACUGCGUGAUUGAAUUAGGUUUAUGUAGUGAAACACCAAAGGCAUUUAAGGAGUCGGUGGUUGCGCGAAUAUUCCAGCAAAAUAAUCCUCGGAGAGCUCGGCACCGAGAACAUAUGCAGACACCGGAGAGCAUUUCUUAUGGACUCAUCCACACCUAGGUGCACUCGAUCACUCUCCACUCUUUCUAUCGGAUUAUGGAUUUAUUUCUCAUGAGCGACAAUCAUGCGCUCGGCAUGUGUUUUCUUCUGCAAGAUGUUUCGGCGCGUGCCUCUUCCUGUUUAACUUGACAAUUAAAAGCGACGACCCCGAGAGCUGCCGAUCGUUUUUUUUAACAUCUACAAUCAAGGACCCGAGCGGGAACUUGCUGCUUUUAGCAGGUGACACUUUCUCAAAGACACUGACAGCAGAUGAGGGCGAAACUUUUGUGUCGCCGUUUCCAUGCGUGACAAUCCCACGAGGACAUAAAGGAGUAAUUAUGCCCUUAAGAAAACGAGACACGGCCAGGGCAAUAAGCCUCCUGGAGGACUACUGCUCCAAACUGAAGAAACCAGAGGAACAACAGCUCAAAACUGCCAUCUUACGAGUCAUGGGCAUUUUCAAAAGCAGUCUUUUCCAGGCUCUCAUAGAUAUUCAGGAGUUUUAUGAAGUGACCCUGCUGAACUCUCAGAAGAGCUGUGAGCAGAAGCUGGUGGAGGUGAAUCACAUGGCUGAGCAGUGGGAAUACACUGCCACCAACUCAACCUCACCCACGGAGUGUCCGCAGCCAGCCUCCACGCCGCCGGAGGCAACAUUUGGAGUGAGCCCAAUCCCUUGGCUGAGAAGCAUUCCCACACAUCGAUGUUUUACUUUUGGCAUGACACAGGACUGAUGGUAGCGCUCUGAAAGGGUAUUCACGAUUUCCCCCCCAGUCCUCAGCAGUCCAAUUCUUGUACCUUUUGCAGAAUAUCAAUCUGUCUCUGAAGUUUUUCCUGGAGAAAAGUGGCCUCUUUGCUGCCCAUCUUGACACCAGGACAUCCUCCAAAAGGCCUUGCCUCAAUGUGCAUGCAGAUACACUCACACACUUCUGCCAUUCCCGAGCAAGCUAUGCACUGCUGCUUCUCCGAUCCCGCAGCUGAAUCAACCUUAGGAGACAAAUGUUUUUAGAAUGGCACAAAAACAUUCUCCAAGAGCUACUUUGUCCAGCCACCCAAGAACAUUUUAAUGACAAAUAAUGCCUUUUCCAACAAAAUGGAGCACCUUGCCAUAAGGCAAAAGCGCUAACUUAAAAAAAGUGGAUCGGGGAACAAAACAUCAAAAUUUUGCAUCCAUGGCCAGGCAGCUCUCCAGACCCUAAUCCCAUUGAGAAUUUGUAGUGAAUCCUCAAGAGGGAGGCGGACAAACAAAAACCUCCAAAUUCUGACAAAUUUCAGCAUGAUUGCAUAUAAUUAUACCUUAUUAUACCAUAGUCACGUCUGACAAAAAUAUCUAAAAACACUGAAGCAGCAGACUUUGUGAAAAUGAGUGUUUGUCUCAUUCUCAAAACUUUUGGCCAUGGCUGUAUAUUUUUUAAAUAUUUAUAUGUUUAUAUUUCUAUAAUAAAAAGUAAAGGUUGUAGAGGCCACGCCCCAUUCUGCCUCAGAGAACUCUGCCAGCCUGAGACUGACUGCAUGUGUCCCUAAUGCCAAAAUAGCCUGUGUUCUGUCCGAGCUAAAAGUAAUUUGAUGGUUUAUUUUGGAUCUUUCUGAAGUCUAUAGCUUGUUGUGUAGGCCAGUUGAAGAGAGGACAGUCCUCUUGAGGGAGGGUUUAUCUCGCAGCUUAGAGUCAGUUGACAAAACUCUGCUUUCUCUCGUAGCUUCACUGACUUCUUGUUGUUUUACUGUACAGACAGUAAA